AUGUCCGGCUACGAUCAAUACAACCAAGGCCAGGGCGGCUACGGCGGCCAGCAAGGCUAUGGCCAGCAAGGUUACGGCCAGCAACAGGGCUACGGCGGUCAACCCCAGGGUUACGGUCAGCCCCAGGGCUACGGCCAGCAAGGUGGCUCUUCCGACUACUACAGUGGUCAGCAGCAGCACCAGGGCUACGGCCAGCAGCAGGGCUACGGCCAACAGGGUCAACACGAGCAGCAGGGAUACGGUCAGCAGCAGGGUGGCUCCGCCGACUACUACAGUGGCGGCCAGCAAUCCCACGAGCAGUAUGGCCAGCACGACCAGAACCGCCAGAGCGGCUAUGAAGGGCCCGAAGCUCAGGAGGGCGAGCGUGGUCUUGCUGGUGCUCUCGCCGGUGGUGCCGCCGGUGCCUUCGGCGGCCACAAGGUCAACCACGGCUUUCUCGGAACAAUUGGUGGAGCCAUCAUCGGAAGUCUUGCCGAAGACGCUGUCAAGAAGCACCGUAAUGGCAGCCACUCUCCUCAGCCUCCUCAAGGCGGCCAGUACGGCAACCAGUACGGUGGCCCUCCCUCGCAGGGUGGCAGCAACAACAGCAUGAUGGACACUCUCGGUGGCUUCUUCAAGAAAUAG